AUGGCACUAUCAAACCUCCAACCACUGGCGUAUGCCGUUGCUUACAUUACAUUUAUGCUCGGUACUAUCUCAAUCUUUCUUCGCUUUUACUGUAGACGCUACAUUCUGCACUUGUGGGGAUGGGACGAUCAUUUCGCAGUGCUGAUUCUUGUCUUUAGCAUUGGCCAACAAGUCAUCCUGCACAUGUUUCUCUAUUGGGGGUGCGGCUUACACAUGACAACGUUGACCACAAAUCAGCAGCUCCAAAUUCUCAAAUGGUUGUUUAUUGAACAAGUCGUUUACUACUCAGUACACUGGGUAAUCAAAUCGGCUUUUCUCCUAUUCUACCUGCGCCUGUCAACCAGAAGGCCCUUUCGUAUCGCCAUUUAUAUUGGUGGCGUCAUCAACGGCACUAUCCUGAUCAUAAACACGCUCAUGGCAUGCUUCCAAUGUGUCCCGUUCGAUGAGAUUCUUCACCCAGGCACGCAUCCAAAUGCCAUCUGUAUCAACAGGCUUGCCAUGCUUAUCGUUCCGUCCGUUCUUAACAUCUUUGCAGACUUCUACAUCCUCAUUCUCCCCAUCUACACAGUCUGGCACCUGCAAAUGACGAUGGGCCGCAAGCUCAGAGUGAUUGGUGUCGUAGCCUUUGGCAGCAGUUCAGUCAUCAUUGCUUGUUUUCGGCUCAUACCUCUGUUUGAGCUGUUCCGCUCGCCUGAUACAUCGUGGGUGCUCGGGAAGAUGGUUAUCGUUGCCGCACUCGAGAUUCAAUGCGCCGUCAUCGCAGUCAACCUGCCAAGCCUCAAGCCCUUGUGGACCCGGAUGAUGGGCGGCAGUUCGUCUGGUUCGGGCCCUGGAAACGACAGCGACGGUUCCAACAAGAAAAGGUAUAGAAUCUCGUCGCGGGGCCAUAUUGCCACGUUUGGCUCUGAGGGUAGAGAGCUGCGUGCAGGCAAGUGGGCGAGGAAGAGCCAUAGAGGAAGCGUCUCGCGGACGGACCAGGGACUCACUGUUACUGAGUCUGAAGAGGAGUUGUGCCGACAAGGUGGGAUUUCACUGCGUAUGUCGAAUCAGAUGUCAGCGGGAGACGCUGGUACUAUCAAAAUCCAAAAGGAUAUUCAUAUCCAGAGCUCUGAAGGGGACUUGGACAAGGUCAUCACUGAGAACUACAUCUCGAGGGUUUGA